AUGGGUUUCCAUUUUGCUUCGAUCUCGGCCCACGGCCGUGUCGGGCAGCAGAGCCCGGCAGUCUGCUUGCCUGGACCGAUCGUUGCCGACGGCAGGGUGAGCUGCCGCGGCCUGAAACCCUCGUCCAAAACCACGGGGCUUACAGCUUCAUCGACGGACGAACUUGCUGGCAGUGACCUCGGCAGGCGGACCGAGUUCAGUGCUGAAUUGCUGAUGCGUGAUGGUGUCCGCGCACUGACGGAGCGUGGAAGUAAACCAGGGGGGCGACAUGGAUUGGGCCGCCACCUCGGCGGCGCCGAGGAGGUCCGGCGCCUCCAUGAGUCCGGCGAGCUCCGCCGCAUCGUGGCCCCCGCCCCCGCCUUCCCCUCCGCUUGCGCCCGCUGCGGCGGCGAGCGCUACAUGUUCUGCGGCGCUUGCGACGGCAGCCACAAGCGGUACAGCCUCAAGGGCGGCGGCGGGUUCCGCGCCUGUGCCGACUGCAACGAGAACGGGCUCGUCCGGUGCCCCGGCUGCUGCGCCCCCGCCGCCUGA